AUGACAUCCAUCCACAGUCGCAGGCGACGUUCUAUUCAGAGUAUAGCAAUGACAGCUCCUCCUCCACCCGUUCAUUUCGAAGCCCUGCGUGUCUCCGAAGACAAUCUAGAAAAGAUCAAAAACAAGUCGCUGCGCGCAUUCUACAGCCACCAAAAUGAAAUGAUCGAUCGGUUUCUCGAAGUCGACCAAAUAGUGGACGCCUUGCAACACGGCGAAACGCAUGGUAUCAAGAGGUCAAGCAGCCGUUCCACCUUUCGGCACUAUGAUGGUGGUCAUGAUGAUGACGACGAGGAACGAAGGAUUGGUGAACGAGUACCUUUAUUGAACAAUACAAAAGCUGCACCUGACUGGCUGGUGCAUUUGGCGAUCAACCUGUCAUUCUUGGCCAAUAUCGUCUUGUUCUUGACGAAGCUCUUUUUGGCAUGGUAUUCGGGAUCGAUGGCUAUUCUUGCUUCAGCAUUCGAAUCGUUUUUGGAUUUACUCAGCAAUGCCAUCAUCUUUUUCACGGUGCGCAUCAUGCGUCAUCAAGAUUGGUACAAGUACCCUGUUGGCAAGUCGCGUAUGGAACCCCUUGGCAUCAUCGUCUUUGCUGUCAUCAUCACCACAUCAUUCUCCCAAGUGUUGUUGACAUCGGUACAGCGCCUCACCGAUCCUAGCAAGAAUAUUGAGACGAUUGACCUGGACCCUAUGAGUAUUGGUAUCCUCGUUUCCAACAUUGUCAUCAAGGGCGUACUAUGGAUAUGGUGUAAAUCCAUCAAGGGUAGUUCUAGUGUUGCUGCUCUUGCCAUUGAUCAUGAAAAUGAUGUUGUAUUCAAUGUGGCUAGUACCAUCUUUCCCGUUGUCGCUGUUUGGGGAAGCUGGGCAUGGCUUGAUCCUCUCGGUGCCAUUUUGCUUUCGAUUUACAUUAUCUACGAAUGGAUGGUACUGCUUUUAGAAAAUAUCCGGCGAUUGACAGGACAUGCUGCAAGCACAGACGAUCUUCGACAAUUGACAUACAUGGCCUAUCGCUUUUCAAGCAAAGUGGUUGCAGUGGAUACGGUGCGUGCAUAUCAUGUGGGUGACCGUCUAUUGGUUGAAGUGGAUAUUGUACUACCUCCAGAAUGUCCUUUGCAUGAAGCACACGAUGUUGGAGAAGCGUUACAGGAUGCCUUGGAAAUGAUGGAGCAUGUAGAACGGGCCUUUGUCCAUUUGGAUUACAACCCUGUCCAUGAAAUCGAACAUCGGAAAAAGGCCAAUGCGCUCUUCAAGAUAUAA